AUAUCUUGCACACAACAAACAUGUGUGGCCUUUAGAGCUGUCGACCAUGAAGAAGUGGAGCGGCUGGCACCGGCACAUGUUGAAGUUUUCCAGACUGGAUCUGCUGCAGCCCAGUGUGUCCUGGAAUACAACGGCACCCUGGACAGUGAAAGCCUGCGGGUCUACUGUGCAGACUUCUCUCAUGAGAACAGAGGCGAGUGUCGGUGUUAUUCUGUGUAUCAACUUCAAAUUGCCAAUGCCACAAACAAGGGACACUGGAUGGAGAUUAAUUCUAGAGUGGUCUCCCUCAAUAAAACAG